AUGACCAAGACGCCUCCCAGAUCCGCUGCAAGGGCGUUUGUGAAGCGACCAGUGGUGCGUACGAAAGAUGGAGAUAUAGUGGGAAGUUUCCAUGCUCAGGAGUAUAAGGAAGGCAGCAAGAAGGUGCUGAGAGGCAUGAGAGUGCUUAAUACGCUGCAGUCGUGCAAAACGGUGGCUCUAUCGAUGGAGUUUUUAUCCAAGAAGGAAGGAGAUGUUUCUGUUGAGUUUGUACAGUUGAUGGAAGUGAUUUCCAAGGGUGGAUUUCUGAUGGAAUGUCCGGAGGAUGUUACGUUGAAGCGUGAGACAAAGUGGCUUAAGGAGCAAGGACAUUAUUCAUUACAAGCUCUGUUCAUGAAUGAAAUUCUCAAUAUUUGGGCAUUUUGGAAGCAGUAUAAGAAAGACGUGAGCGUGAAGAUUCCUAUGCAGGGGAUCGCGUCUAAGUUUUAUUUCGUGCGCGAGUGGGAGGCGGCAAGGAUAUCUUCCGGCGGUAGCGAGUGA